UUGAAUUUGCAAAUUAUUGGGGGAAAUGUGGAAAAAUUGGUUGAAAAAUGGAGAAUUGAAAGAGGCGGAGGCGAAAAAACGGCAAAAACUGCGAGUUUGGCACCAAAAUGGAUACCAUUUGGGAAAAAGGCAAAACAAGUUCAACAAUUGGAUAAAAACUUCAAAGCGAAUCAAGUUUUACCGAAAAACGAAAUCGAUGAAACUACGGAUUUUGCGAAAAAUCGAGAGGAAGUUUUGAAAAAUUUGGGAGAUGAUAAGAAAGAUCAAAAAGUAUUUUCUCGACCAAAUGUUGAAGUUCCUCUUCCACAGAUUCAGAAAACAGUUCCACAAAAUAAACCGAAGAAAAAUACGGAAGAUAAUAAUAUAAAUAAGAAAAAACAGAGAAGAGGUCGAAAAAAUUCGGAAGAUGAUGAUACUCCUUUACCUGUAAGUAACGUUUCUAGAAAUUUGAUAAAUAAAGUUUCCAGACAUUUAUUUUUUUAGGAUUAUGUGAAACCUGGAGCAGCUCCAACACUUUUCGAUUUUAUUGGAGCAACAACUGGUUUAGAAGAUGAAAUCAAAAAUAUUCAAAUAACAAGACAGCAAAACACUCCUAGAGGAAAUCGUUCAGAACCUCAAAAUUUCUCAUCUGGAAAUAGAAAUUCACACGGUCCAAGGGAGAAACAAGAAAAUCCACGUGGCAAUUUCGGUAUUUCAAAAUUUUCUCUCAUUCUUCAUUUCAAAAAAAAACAAAUUUCAGGCAAUAAUCCUCGGAAAAAACGAAAUGAUCAAAGAACUUCGACUUCGGGUAACUCAGAAAAUCCAACGAGUUCAGGUUUUCGAGGAAAUCGAAAUGAUGGUUUGGGAAAACCAAACAAUUUUCAAGAAAAUCGUCAACAACAGCAGAAAUUCCCGGAAAAGAAAAGUAUGAUUUUUUGUUUUUGUGAGAAUUUAUGUAUUCAUUUUUCAGGAGAAGAUCAACAACGCGGUAAUUCUUCGAGAGUUGAAAAUAAUCAGCAAAAUCGAAACAAUAGUAGGAAAUUUUAUUUUUUUUUUGAAUAUAAAUUUUGUGUGGUUUCAGAAGCUCAAAAUUAUCAGCAUCAAGACAAAUAUCCAAACCGAAAUCAGAAUUUCGCGUCGAAUCAAGGUUCGGGAAGAUCUGAUGUGGCUGGAAAUCAAGGAAAUCGGCAGCAAGGAAAUAGACAACAACAACAACAAUAUGGAAAUCAGCAGAAUCGAGAUGUUUCAAAUAGGAAUACACAAAAUCAGAGAGUGGCUCAAUGUAAGAUUUUAAAAAUUUGGGAAGAAUUCAGAACCUGGAAUUGCAGAGCAAUAUUUGUUCAAUAAUCCAAGUUUUGGAACGGAAUUUUUCGAAAAAAAUUCUAAUUUUUUAAAUAUUUUCAAGCGAUUUCAGGCCACAAAUUUUCUGUUAUAGAUUCCUUACUAUCUCUGAGAUUCUGAAUUUUUAAUUUGAACUCUCCAAAAACAACAUUAUUUUUAGCGCACCAUCAACCCGCCCAAUCCACAUUUAAUCCAAAUCAACAACCUCCAAGACCUUCUGGUAAGCUCCCCCUUUAAAUUUUUCCCAUCACUCAAUUAUCACAAUAUGUAAUUACAGUUUGGCAAAUUGGUAGUCAAUGCAUGGCUCCAUGGGAAGAUGGCAGAAUUUAUCCGGCUCAAAUAAUGAAUAUUCUACCAAAUGGAACAUGUGUUAUCAGAUAUACCGAAUAUGGAAAUAUUACUGAAAUUCCACUUGAUUUUUUGAUGUAUUGCUAG